AUGUCUGAUUCAACAUUUGAGGACAUUUGCUGUACCUCGCUAUCAGCUCCUCAGCGUAGUUUUCUAGACUCAUUACUAAGCUCCUAUAAUCUUUGUUUGGUUGCACCAUCAUGCAAAAUAUCACCUGCUGUAUCAGAUCUCAUUAAUGGUCCUUUUCUGAUAAAUCGUACAUCUGCUAUUUCUCCAGACUUUGUUAUCCACAACAUGUCAUUCAACCCUACAAGUACUAUUUCAAAUAGCACUAUUACGUUGGCAGAUCAACUUGUUCAACAAGCCAACAAGACCUACACUGCACACCAGUCAGACAGACACAGUCUUACUGCUUUGCCCAAGCGUUACAAACACCAAAAUAGUAUAGAGAAAUCCGAUUUGGUUAUGGGUGUUCAAAGCCUUUCCAAAAAGCUCUGCGAUACUAUUCAACAUGCCAUUCGCAUUUCAAGCAAUUUGUCCACAAAUGCUGAUGAAAAAGAUAAUACUGCUACUGCACAAGCUCAGCUUAUGCUUUCUCAAUCCAAAGCUAUCGAACGAUCUGCCAUCAUCUGCUCCAUUUCAAGACAGAUUUGCGAAUUGGCACAGUCGUUACAGUAUUUAUCUAAAGAGGAUAUGUUGGAUCCACCAAUAAUUGAUUUAUUGCUACUAUCUGAUGAAGAUGCACUGGACAUUAUAAGGAUGUUAUUUGAACCAGAUCAUACUACAACAGCAUUCACCACUGCCUUUGACCCAUUUAUUUUUGUGUUUAGAUAUGUAAUUCGAUGGCUCUUAUUUCAACGACUGGUUGAGCUAGAUCGUCCUUUUGGCCGUACACUCGCGUCAGCAUUACGAAUUGUAAUGAAAGCGCAGCCUAAAUUGGCCAUGAAAGAACUCAUUGUUGACCUUUUAUGGGACUAUUCCCAGCGGUCUGCUACUGCUAUGAUUGAGUCAAUUUGCAAAAUAUCCAAAGAAUCCUUAUCUCAAGAAGACCAGUUAUAUCUAUUAUGUAUCAUUGAAGAAAAUCAAGAACGGCGAUUGGAAUUGAAUAGCUUAAUGAUCCCACUAUUGGAUUUGCUACCAUUGACUUCAACAUCAGUGGUAGUUUCCAGCAAAUUUAUUGAUGUUAUUCUUGCAUUUUUGUAUAGAUUUCAACCAGAUAUUCGGCAGAGUGCUGUUAAAUUCGCAUCAGCUAUUCUCGGCGUGUGUCAUGCAUUUGAAGACAUGAAACUCUCUUUUAUUCAAAUCAAAAUGCUUGAGCAGCUAGCAUUUGGUACAAACACCUUUUUGCGUAGAAAACUUGUAUCUAGCACAUCUCGACUUUUGGCAAAUGUCAUUUAAUAUAGAGGACAUAAUUAAUGAAUGGCCAAGAGCCAUAGUUUAUGGGUUAGAUGACACUUGUUUAAUUUCUUUAAAUUAUCAGCUUACAGUCGUAUUGACGUAAAAUGAAUCACUAUCUUGCAUGGUAAUAAACAAUGAUUAAAUAUC